UGACUGAAAUAUUUCCUGGAAGACGCGCGUUACAUUUGCAUAUAAAGAAGGGGUCAGUUUAUCGUCCGUCAGUCUGUCAUGAAGGUAACUUACAGAUAACUCUCACACACGAAGCUGCGCCGAUCACAAAGCAACCAUGGUGACCCUUUACUGCACAUUGCUCCUCCUGACUCUGACGUCAACACAGGCCACAGGGACAUAUAUGACGUCAAAGUCUGAUGAUGUCAUCAUCCCAUCCACCAAUGACGUCACAGAAACACAAACCGGCCCUGAUGAGGACAGCAGAAUACCCUUCCACCGAGACAUCCGAUCUCCUAAAAGAUUUCUACCCAGCGCAAGAAAAGUAAUUAAAACACUUAAAGUUCCUUUGGUGAAAAACACUUCCAUAUACAAGAAAGCAACAUCCCAAAGUAAUUUCUUUCUGACAAGAUUUCGAAAUAGCGCCAAGAAAGUAAAAUUUCAAAACAGAUUGUCACACCUCUUCAGGGCCGCUAAAGCUGGGUCGAACACAGCACGACUGUCUCUGAGAUCCUUGGUGCCAACCCUUCUGGGUUUCGGCACAGCAGGCGCUGGCCUUGCGACGGCCAUUUCCCAGUUACUGACAGUUACGAGAGACCAACCCGCCCAGAAACUCCCCAGCGUGUCUCCUCUUCAGCCUCAUGAGAUAGAGUCCUUGUUGCAAGGACUCGGGGCACCUACUUCCGGCUCUGGCGCAACUGUCAGAAAGAAUGCUGUAUUCGUGACUAUUCUGAGUGCAUUCCUGUGCACAGUUGUUUAUCAUGACUGAAAUGGAUUACAAAUACCGUAUCCGACGUAAUAAGCGCCCACGGCGAUAUUUGCUAAUAUAUUGGCUAGUGAACAAUCCCAAUUAGCACCCCUUCCGAUUGAUUAAUGUACACAACACUUAUU